AGAGCAGCCUUUAGUGAUUGGAUGAAGAGAUCCAGCAGAGCACAGACUCGGGGAGGAAGUGAAUGCAUGAGGAUGAGGAUCUGCUGACAGAGUGGGGAACCAAUGAUGUUCUGGUGUCAGACUCUGCAGAGAAGAUGUAGCUGGAAGAAGACCUGGUGCCUAGACCAGGUGAAGAAGAAAAGGAAAGACAACAGAGAAGACGUCACUCAGGAUUCUUACACUCAUAUACAGGAUGCAUUUCAUCUCUGCAAUAUUGAUAUACGGCAUUCUGCAGUCAACAUCGGCAGACCCCAGCUCUGGAGAAUCUCCGGUGCCUAUAACCUGCACCAUGAGAGGAACCGAUCUAAAAAGAGAGUCUGCCCAAGUACUGUGUCCCCCGGGGUGCACCGAUCAACAACUCUCUGUAUAUGGAGAUGGAGUAUAUGCAGCAGUAUCCAGCGUAUGUGGUGCCGCAAUCCACCGGGGGAUGAUAGCCAGCAAUGGUGGACAAGUAUUUCUACGUCGGCUUCCAGGACAACAGAAUUAUCAAGCAACCUAUGCUAAUGGCGUGCAGUCUCAGCCACUCAGCAAAUGGUCCUCAUCCUUCUCUGUGUCCAAAUUUAAAACACGAGGGAUGGAAGUCUCCGGAAAACCAGUAUCAACCAAAGCUUCUGCUGCAUCCCGGCGCCAAAAGAAGACACCAGAGAAGUCAACGGGCAAUAAAGACUGCAAAGCAGAAGUCGCCUUUCUCUUAGAUGGCAGCAACAACAUCGGACAGCGUCGCUUCAACCUUCAAAAGAAUUUCGUGGCUAAAGUGGCCCUAAUGCUGGGGAUUGGAACAGACGGACCCCACGUAGGAGUGGUACAAGCCAGCGAGCUCCCGAAAACAGAGUUCUACCUGAAAAAUUUCACUUCAGCAAAAGAUGUUGUGUUCGCAGUGAAGGAAAUCAACUUCAAGGGAGGAAAUUCCAACAUAGGAAAGGCCAUAAAACACACUGCCCAAAGCUUCUUUACUAAUGCAAAUGGAGUGCGAAAAGGAAUCCCAAAAGUAAUGGUGGUGUUCAUAGAUGGUUGGCCAUCUGACAACAUUGAAGAGGCGGGUAUAAUAGCUCGUGAAUUCGGCAUUAAUGUCUUCAUUGUGUCUGUGGCUCCUCCAGCCCCAGAAGAGCUAGGAAUGGUGCAAGAUGUGGCAUUUAUAGACAAGGCUGUCUGCAGGAACAACAGUUUUUUCUCCUUCCACAUGCAAAACUGGUUUGGCACCACAAAGUACGCAAAGCCUCUGGCCCAAAAGUUGUGCACACACGAGCAGCUCUUCUGCAGCAAGACCUGUUACAACUCCGUCAACAUCGCUUUCCUGAUCGAUGGAUCCAGUAGUGUUGGUGACCAAAAUUUCCGUCUUAUGUUGGAAUUCAUGAGUAACAUUGUGCGCGCAUUCGAGGUUUCUGACGUGGGUGCAAAAGCUGCUGCAGUACAGUUCACUUACGACCAACGCCUAGAGUUCGGUCUGAACGACUACACCAACAAGGAUGACGUGUUACGAGCCAUUUACAACAUCCGGUACAUGAGUGGGGGCACAGCUACUGGGGAUGCCAUUAAUUUUGCUGUGCGCAGCGUAUUCCAACCUACCAAGGAAGGACACAACAAGAACUUCCUGGUUCUUAUAACCGAUGGGCAGUCAUAUGAUGACGUCAGGGGUCCGGCCAUCGCGGCACACAGAGCAGGAGUCACUGUGUAUACCGUGGGUGUUGCAUGGGCACCUUUAGAAGACCUGAAGGAUAUGGCAUCUGAACCCAAGAAUUCCCACACAUUCUUCACCAGAGAAUUCCCAGGGUUGGAGAACAUCGCUCCCAGCAUUAUUCGUGGAAUCUGCAGAGAUUACCUGGAUUCGCAGAAGUGAGGAAGAAGAAGGAAAACCCCCUAAAUUGUUAAACAGGCAGCUUACAAAUGUUCACCUCUCUACCAGGGGGGGACGAUGAUCUGCUACACACAUUACCUGUAGAGAUAUCCGAAAACCUGGCAUCAUUGUCACAGCGUGUUGUUAUUUUUUGUAAAAUCUAAGCUAUCCGUCUUUAUAGGCUUUCAUUAAGACCUUUACACAAAUGACACAAUAUAAGUCAGAAUCCACAAGCGCUUUUUGCCUUCCUUAGGCUUCAUUCACACGUCCGUAUGAAAAUAUUGGAUUCGUCGCAUU